UCAGGAUGUCUGCCUACACUGAGAAUGAGUCCAAAUUCAUGCGGAAAGCCAAGGAGAAUCCAUUUGUUCCAGUGGGACUAGCAGGAUUCUUCGCCAUCGUUGGGUACAGACUGAUGAAAAUGAAGACUCGAGGAGACACUAAAAUGUCAGUGCACCUGAUCCACAUGAGAGUAGCUGCCCAGGGCUUUGUGGUUGGAGCCAUGACUCUUGGAGUCCUCUAUACAAUGUACAGGGAUUACAUUGUAAAACCCAGGGAAUUGAAAGCAGUGGAGAACAAGUGAACCCGGCCUCCUACACCGUUCCCUGUCCCUCAAUAUAAUCUCCUGUUAAGGUGUGUAGGGUGUUUAUCUUUGCAGGUGCAUUUUAUCUUUGGAAUGCACACAUCCUGUCAGUAGCUCACCUCAUACUGUAAAUACCUAUAAUUUAUUGACUACACUUCUGAACGUCUAAAUAUUACCCAGAGGAUCAAGCUUCCAGUUCUGUGUUGAGAGUGACGUGUCUGAUCUCAGCUGUUGGAACACUGGUCACUCUGUGUGUUUGUGGAUGUAAACCCAGCUGGUUCCAUCAGUCUGGAGGUUUUUUUUUACUUCACUUUUGAACGGGUAAAUAUUUUUAGAAAAUGUAGCAUAUUUGAAAAACAGUUUGAGCAGGAUGAUUAAAAGACAACCAGCAACGCCAGGAAGCCUGAUCAAUGUAUUUUAUUUUAUUUCCGUAUUCUUGUAUGAUGGAAUUUGAGGAUUUUUUUUGCCAAACGAAAUGCUUGUUUGUACCUUAGCCAUUUAAAAACUAAAAAGAAAGAAAAUGCAUACAAAUGCAUUUAAGGCAUCUUGAGGAAGACGUUGACUACACAGGUCUGAGCUCACAUUCAUAAUACUAUUUGAAAACAAGAAGUUUU